AUCUACAGCUAACAUGUUGAAGUCAAUCUUCUUUAUUGUCCUUGUGACAGUGGCAUAUGCUAAAGCAGCAGCAGAACCUAAAGCUGAACCAAAGGCAGAUCCAAAGGCAAAGGAAAAUUCUGACUCUGGUCCUCAUCAUGGAAGCAACGAGUACAGUCCUUACAGUGCUCUGGGACAAGUUACAAAUAUUGGAACUCCAGUUACCCUUAAUCGAGAAAUGAUUGCUUAUGCUUAUGGAUUUGCUGAUCCUUCCCUUUACCCCUCUGGAAAUCCCAAUGCUAUUGAGGAUCCCACCACUUUCCUAAACAAUUACGUUCUCCAGGCAUUGAAUGCUAAUGGAUACAAUAACCAGUAUGGUGGAUUCACAUUACCUUCAGAUCCCCGCACUGGAAACAUAUUUCCAAGGGCUGUUAAUAACAACAACUAUGCCAAUGAAAUUUACAGCAACCUUGCCAGCACUGGGUAUACCAAUCAGGCUUCCAACACCAAUGAUAUCUACAACAACUAUGUCAAUGCCAACAGGUUCCAGGCCAAUAAUCAAUUAUCUUCCACAGCUUUAAACCCAUACUCUGACUCUGCCUUAACUGGAAAUAGGUUGGUUCCCCAGACCUUCAGUGGGUAUCAAACAUCAAAUUUCAAUACCCUUCCUUCACAAUCCAGAAAUACUUACACCUUGCCACAGGAUUACUCUUACAAUGGCAUUAAUCCUAACUACCAGACUGCUACUAGCAAUCAACAGAUUCUUGCACGAGGUUUAACUGGUCAACAACCAAGGUUAUCAACACAGUACUCAAACUCCUUGAACGCAAAUUAUCCCUACACAACUCAAGGUUCUGCGUAUUCCACCACACCAAGGAUAAAUCAGCUGUCUCCUCAAAACGCCAAUUCCUAUCAGACCAGCCUCAACAAUGCUGGAUACAGAUACCAAGGAUUAUCUAAGCGGGCAGCAGAUCCUGAGCCCAAAGCAGACCCUGAUCCAACUUUUGGUCUGUUUGAUAACUCCAGGUACACCAACCGAGGUUAUACCAACACCAGAAGAGGAUACCCUACCUACUCAAACUAUGGAUCCACAAGGCGUACAUACCCGAGCAGUACAUACUAUCCAUCCACUGCCUCCUACUCCAACGUAGCAUAUUCUAGCCCAAGAUAUGGAUAUGCUUAUGGAACUUCCUCCCCUGUUACUUACCCAAACCCAUAUGCUGUGCCCUCACACUUGGCUUAUCCUGAUCUGCUUGCCUAUUCUGCCGUCGCCAGUCCUUACGGUUAUCCUGCUUAUUGAAAUCACCACUUGUCGUUUCAACCACAAGAAGAUUUUUGAAGUUCAACAUUUCAGCCACCACUGAGUCUUUCAGUGCCAACAGUUUCAUAUUCAUUUUGUAUUGGAGAUUGUUGUGUAGGGAAUUUUAUAAUAAAAAGAGUUUACUUUA